CGUCACAGAUCGCAGGGGCAUUUGCUUUUUGGAGCUGUCGGAUUUAACACAUAUAUACUCUUACAUAUUCAGAAACAUCAAGAAAUAAGUAUAUUUCUUUUCACUUUAAUACGCACAGCCACGAGUUAGCUGCUGGAAAUACAGGUGGCUUCAUAACUAGCGACUUGGGCACAUUAGGAAUCAUCAUCAGCAUCUGAGUUUUUGACUGCCGGAAUGGCCUUUGUUGCGCGUCGGAGCAGUGAUGGCUCGGUGGUGGACCGUCAGCAGGUGUCUGGGCGGCACACCCUCCGCCCACUGUCCUCAUCGGACAUCAGUGACGAGGAGGCCGAGUCGGUGCUGGGCUAUACGAACCGCACCCACGGAGCGCCCACCGUGAGAUUCGUGGGUCAGGCAGAGGGGGAAACCGAUGUCCGUGGCGAAGUGGAACCCGAAAAGGAAACUACAGAUGCGGAUGCGGACCUACCAUACGAGGACUCUUUGGAGGAUCGCAUCGACUUGUCGGGCAGUGAAACGGACUCGAUUACGAGCUUCUGCAAUCAGCUGGACGAGGAGGAGGCCAACGAUGCCUUGCACAGUGACAUGUUCAACUUCGCGGAUGAAGAUGCAGAUGACCUGGAUGAUGUGGACCCAGAGGAGGUGGAUCACAAGAGCAGGAUGCGCAAGGCGGAUGACGCAGCUGCCACGGACACGGAGACCGUGAUGAACUUCGACCAGGACGUGCAGAGCCUCAGCUCCUUCGACAGCUGCACGCCCACGGUGACGCAGCGUGCCGAGGAGCUCGACAACUUGGACAGCCUCAGCGGCAGGACCUUCUUCAAGCCGGACACCCACAGCCUGGACAACAUCAGCGGCAAGACCUUCUUCAAGCCGGACCAGUCGGAUGGCCUCAGCGGCAGGACCUUCCUCAAGCAGGCUGCCGCGGCCUCCAAGGACCUCGGCGGCGAAUCGGACCACAGCCAGCUGUCCAGUCGCACCUACGACCGGAGCCAGCGCCUCCACGACGGCUCCUCGCUGUCCACUUGCAGCUGGUCGUCGAUGUACGGCGGGGCCCUGCAGCCCGCGGACGGACACGGCGGCAACGUGGUGCCCUCGCUGAGCCUUACCAGCGGCGCCUCGGAUACGUCCACCUUCUACAAGGGCCUGGAGGAGACCAAGGGGCACCAGGGCCAGGCGGCCUUCGAGGACUGGAAGGCGCGCAAGGCGGCCCAGAAGCAGAAGAGCCUUCUCGCCGCCAAGCUGGAGCGCGAGAAGCGGGAGGCGGAGGCGGCCCAGCGCCAGCGGCUGUCGCAGGAACGCUUCCAGGAGUGGUGCCGCAGCAAGGAGCAGCAGCAGCAGCUCCUCCGGAAGAAAGCCAGCAGCCAGUCAAGCUCGGGCAGCUCCUCCUCGGGAUCAGGUUCGAUGUCCGGAUCCGGAUUCGGCUCCGCAAUGUGCGGCUCUAGAUCUAGCGCCGGACCCAUGAGGAAGGUGCCGCCGGAGGUCACCAAUUUGCGGAUCAAGGAGUGGCAGCGCAUCAAGAAGGAGCAGCAGCAGGGCGAAAGGGAGCGUCUGCGCAGACUGGAGGACAACAAGCAAAAGCUGGAGGAAGAACGCAAGAAGCGCUCCCAGGGCGCCUGGAAGAACUGGAUGAAGCAGGUGGACAAGCGGGCCAAGCCGGUGCCCCUCAACCAGGGCUUCGAUACACUGCGCGGAACCAUUUCCAGCAUUUACAUCAACCCCGUGCAGUGGGUGUCGAACAUUGAUCCGCAGGAGUCUGGCCGCAGUCUUUAACUCCAUCUCCCUUCCAAGCUGGAGCACAAGCACACAAAAUGGGUCACAAAAAGGAACCGACAGGGUUGCUGGGCCAGCAAAAAAAAAGUUUAAAUAAUUAUAAACCUUUCGUUUUUUGGAUAGUGGCAGUGGAUCCUAUACUAUUUUAGCUUCUCAAGUUGUCCAAUAAACCACAUGUUAAGA